AUGGCUAACAUUAACUAUACCCGUGCGUUUUUGCAGCUCUUUCCCCAAUUUGCCAUCUCGGGUAUUCAUUGGCUGGUCCAUGGAUACCUGUCUGCUAGCGGGCAACUGUUUGGGAAUGGACAGGCUGGGCUGCUCGAUACCCUCAUCUGCAGCGGACCCCCAGAUUCCUGCAUUGUUGUCCUCUGGUACAGCCAUGGCCUGUUCCAAACCCAGAUCGUUAUGAUCCUCAAUCCACAGACUGAUCACAGUCGGCUGAUCAUGCUGGUAAUUUCUCCUGAUUUUCUGUGGAUUGGAGCCACUGAUGUGAUGUUUUGCUGUAUGUUACAUUAG